CAAAAUGGCUUCCAGCUCAAGAACAUGGUUACUAUGCUCGGUGUUUAUAUCUUGUACGAUCUCCAUUUCUUAUGGAAGAAAAAUGACCGCUCAAACUUCUACUCGAGUAAAAGCAGUUAAUCUCGGAGGCUGGCUUGUUACUGAAGGCUGGAUCAAACCUUCUCUUUUCGACGGCAUUCCCAACAAGGACUUCUUGGAUGGAACUGGCCUUCAGUUCAAAUCAGUCACAACUGGGAAGUUUCUCUGUUCUGAGAAUGGAGGAGGAAGCAUUAUAGUUGCAAACAGAAGCGCAGCUUCAGGCUGGGAAACAUUCAAAUUGUGGAGGAUCAAUGAGACCACAUUUAAUUUCAGGGUCUUUGGCAAGCAAUUUGUGGGGAUUGAUGCAAAGGGAAAUGGGAAAGACGUUGUGGCUGUUGCUAGCGCGCCUGGUGUAUCCGGAACUUUUGAAAUCAUACAAAAACCCGAUGAUUCAAGUCGAGUAAGGAUCAAAGCAACCAAUGGAUUCUUCUUGCAGGCGAAGACAGAGGAUUUGGUUACAGCUGAUUAUGCAGAGAGUAGCAGUGGAUGGGGAGACAAUGAUCCUUCUGUUUUUGUGAUUACCAUUUCUGGACGUAUGCAGGGGGAGUUUCAAGUAACAAAUGGCUAUGGUAAAAUGGCUGCUAAAGUUAUGAAGAAGCACUGGAGUACGUUCAUUGUUGAAAAGGACUUUGACUUCAUAUCAAAAAAUGGAUUAAACGCAGUGAGAAUACCAGUUGGUUGGUGGAUAUCAAGCGACCCGAACCCUCCGAACCCUUAUGUUGGGGGUUCCUUGAAAGCCUUGGACAAUGCCUUUCUGUGGUCGAAAAAAUAUGGAUUGAAGGUAAUAAUUGACCUGCAUGCAGCACCAGGAUCUCAAAAUGGUUUUGAACACAGUGCUUCAAGAGAUGGAUCUCAGGAAUGGGGCCAAACCGAUGCUAACAUACAGCAGACAGUUGCUGUCAUCGAGUUCUUGACUGCAAGGUAUGCAAAGAAUCCAAGCCUAUACGCAGUUGAGCUCAUCAACGAGCCCUUCUCCCCAGGAACUUCUCUGCAGAACGUGACCACAUACUACAAGGCUGGUUACGCUGCGGUUCGCAAACACUCUUCCACAGCGUUCGUGGUGUUCUCAAACAGAUUAGGUCCAAUGGAACCAACUGAGCUUUUCUCUGUAGCAAGUGUCUUGAAGAGAGUCGUCAUCGAUGUCCAUUACUAUAACCUCUUUGUUAGUGCUUUUGACAACUUGACUGUUCAACAGAACAUCGACUUCAUCUACACUAAUCGGACUAAGGAUUUAAACACUGUUACCACUUCCAAUGGUCCUCUCACUUUUGUAGGUGAAUGGGUAGCUGAGUGGAAUGCGAAAAAUCCAACAAAGGAGGAUUACCAAAGAUUUGCCAAGGCUCAGUUAGAAGUUUGGGGGCGAGCAACAUUUGGGUGGGCUUAUUGGACUCUUAAGAACGUCAAUAACCAUUGGAGUCUCGAGUGGAUGAUAAAGAAUGGUUACAUAAACCUGCUAACUUAAUCUAAUUAAUCCAUAUACUGUUGUCUCAAGUCAUCAGUCAUUACAACGAUUUCAAGUUUUCAACAAUACGUUGUCUGUAUCAUGCAUGUAAUACUGUUAACCAAAAAAAGAAAAUCAUGCAUGUAAUACUUAAUUUGG